AUGAGCAAGGUUGUACUUAUUACUGGAGCCAACCGAGGCAUCGGGAAAGGGUUUGUGACAUAUUACCUCUCCUGUCCAAACACUACGGUUAUCGCAGCCGUGCGAGACGCUCCUUCUGAGCAAGCGAAACAGCUUCAUACCUUGAGCAGGGGCGGUGGAUCGCAUCUAAUCAUUGUGUCACUUGACGCCAACAGCGCCGCAAGUGCUGCCCAUGCCGCAUCCGAAAUCCAGAUAAACCACCCUAUCAAUCAUAUUGACAUUGUAAUUGCCAAUGCGGGAAUCUGUAACUCGUGGGGACCUGUACUGGAAGUGGACGAGUCGGAUAUGUAUACUCACUUUGAAGUGAAUGCCAUGGGCCCUCUAAGGCUGUUUCAAACCAUGGCACCCUUGCUGCAGAAAGCGAGGAGACCAAAAUUUGUCUAUAUAUCUACUCAGCUGGCAAGUAUCGGAGGGAUUGGACAGAAUUCAUCAAUGACUGUUGCGUAUGGAAUUUCAAAAGCGGCGGGGAAUUACCUGGUCAGAAAGAUCCACGCGGAGAAUGAGCAUUUGAUUGCGUUGUCAUUUGAUCCAGGGCUGGUCCAGACAGACAUGGGUGCUCGUGCUGUACAGUUUCUUGGGCUCGAUGUGGCGCCAGUAACCAUUGACGAGACCGUGUGUGGUAUCGCAAAGCAGAUUGAUGCAGCGGAGAAGCCAACUACCUCUGGCGGAUUCUUUAAUUAUCAGGGAGAGCGCGUGGACUGGUAG